ACCUACGGCCGGGACAUGACCGGCGAGGGCGACCCGGUCAUCGGCCGCGACGACGAGAUCGACCGCGUCGUCGACAUCCUCUGCCGCAGGACCAAGAACUGCGCGGCGCUCGUCGGCGCCGCCGGGGUCGGCAAGACCGCCGUCGCCGAGGGCCUCGCGCAGCGCAUCGCGUCCGGGGCCGUCCCCGACGCGCUCGUCGGGGCACGCGUGGUGGAGGUCGACCUCGCGGCCAUGGUGGCCGGCACGCGGUACCGUGGCAUGUUCGAGGAGCGCAUGAAGAACGUGAUCAAGCGGGCAGAGGCGUCCAACGGCAAGAUCAUACUGUUCGUGGACGAGAUGCACAUGCUCUACUCCGCCGGCAGCAGCCGGACCAACUGCACCAGCGCCUCCAACAUGCUCAAGCCGGCGCUGGCCCGCGGCCGCAUCCGCUGCGUGGGGGCCACCACCUUUGACGAGUACCGCCAGUACGUGGAGAAGGACCCUGCGCUCGAGCGACGGUUUCAGAAAGUGCACGUCGGGGAGCCGAGCAUUGAGGCCACCAUUGCCAUCUUGCGGGGGCUAAAGCAACGAUUCCAAGACCACCAUGGACACGAAAUUCAGGAUGCCGCUCUCGUCGCUGCUGCGCACCUCGGCGCCCGCUACAUCACCGGUCGUCAAUUUCCAGAUAAGGCAAUUGAUCUGAUCGAUGAGGCAUGUACUUUCAUAGCCAGAAAGAUGAAGCAGAUUGACAACCAACUACUAGUAGAUGACAACACUACUCCCAAUAGCUUAAACGAUGCAAAUAAAAAGGUGGUUGUCAACCCGAAAAGUAGCUCCACAAAUAGAGUGAAGAAAGCAAUUGUUGAUCCAAAUGAUGUCGCGCAGGUUGUGAGUCGAUGGACUGGAAUUCCUGUUGCUACGCUUUGUGAAGAGGAGAAGGACAAAUUAAUCCACAUUGGAGAUAGAUUGCAUGAGCGUGUUAUUGGUCAAGAUGAAGCGGUCAAUUUGGUUGCGCAAGCUGUGUUACGCUCUAGGGCCGGCCUUGAUCAACCUAGCCAACCGACAGGUUCUUUCCUCUUUUUAGGCCCGUCUGGUGUUGGAAAGACGGAGCUUGCAAAAGCUCUUGCCGAGCAACUAUUUGACAGUGAAAAGAUGCUUGUUCGGGUUGACAUGUCUGAAUAUGCUACUGCUGGGUCUGUAACACGUCUCAUUGGAGCACCUCCAAGCUAUAUUGGAUAUGAAGAUAGCGGACAAUUGACUGAAAAAGUGAGAAGGCAUCCAUAUAGCCUUAUCCUUUUUGAUGAGGUCGAGAAGGCACAUCCCUCGGUGUUUAAUAUUUUUCUUCAAAUUCUUGAUGAUGGCAUGUUGACUGAUGGCAAAGGUAGAACUGUUGACUUUAAGAAUACUAUCAUCAUUAUGACCUCAAAUCUUGGAUCAGAAUACCUUACAACAAAAAUGACUGGAGAAAAGCCAUUAGAAGUUGCAAGGAACCUUGUCAUGGAAAAGGUUCAGAAGUUCUUCAAGCCCGAACUUCUCAACAGGAUUAGUGAGAUUGUGAUAUUUGAGUCACUUUCCUAUGAACAAAUGAAAGAGGUUGCAAAAAUUCAGAUUAAGAACGUUGUAGCUAGAGUAGCCAAUAAGGGCAUCUCUCUGUCUACAACCGAUGCCUUGUUGGACGUCAUAAUGUCGGAGUCACACAAUCCGAUGUAUGGUGCAAGACCCAUAAGAAGGUGGGUGGAAAGAAAUGUGAUAACAAUGCUCUCUGAGAUGCUAGUAAAAGGUGAGGCUGGUGAAGGUUCAACAAUCUUCAUCGAUGCGACAGAUGACAAGAAGGGGUUGAAAUAUGAAGUGGUGAAGAUGCCGGUCCUAGACUUUUCUAGUGUGUGA